AUCAAGAAAAAAAGAAAACAAAAUAACAAACCUUCUAAAAAAAAUGAAGAACAAAGCAGAGCUUGUGUUGGUGCCAACCCCUGCAACGGGUCACCUUGUAUCUAUAGUAGAGUUAGCCAAACACUUACUUGACCGACACGAACAUUUCUCCAUAACAGUCCUCCUUAUCAAACCAUUCUUCUUUCCUUCCUACAAUCUCUAUGUCGAAUCACUCGCCGCCUCCGAAAACCGACUGCGCUACAUCCACCUCCCUCCUCCACCACCACCUUCGGAACCAGUAGUCCCCAAGUCUCCGGAGAAAUUUUUCUCUGAUUUCCUAGAAAGCCACAAAUCACAGGUCAGAGAAGCAAUCGUCAACCAUGUGUUGUCAUCUUCUCCUGCGACGGCGAGGCUGGCGGGGGUGGUGGUGGACUUUUUAUGCACCGCCAUGAUUGACGUCGCCAACGAAUUCGCAGCCCCUACUUACCUCUUCUUUCCUUCCAGCGCCGCCUUUCUCGGCCUCAUGCUCCACCUCCCAAUCCGCCAUGCCCUGAUUGGAACUGAGUUCUCCGCCUCCGAUCCGAACUCAGUGACUCACUUCCCGAGUUACGCUAACCCGGUCCCUACCUCGGUCCUACCCGCCUUUCUAUUCAACAAGCACGGCGGCUACAACUGCUUACUGAACCACGCCAGGAGGUUCAGAGAGGCCAAGGGCAUAAUCGUAAAUACAUUCGAAGAGCUCGAAUCCUAUGCGGUGAAGUCUUUGUUAGCCUCGCCGGAAUCGCCACCGGUUUAUGCCGUCGGGCCGCUGCUUGACCUCGCCGGCAAUGCCCGAUCGGGGAGCGAUCGAGACAAGAUCUUGAAAUGGCUCGACGAACAGCCUAUGUCGUCAGUCGUGUUCCUCUGCUUCGGAAGCCUAGGGUGCUUUGAUCCGCCGCAGCUGGCGGAGAUUGCGGCGGCGCUAGAGAAGAGCGGCCACCGGUUCUUGUGGUCCAUACGGCGGCCGCCACCCGAAGGUGGGUUAGCGAUGCCGGCCGAUUGCGGCGGCGAUCACGAGGGCUUGCUGCCGGAAGGGUUUCUGAAACGGACGGAAAACAGAGGAAUGGUGUGCGGGUGGGCCCCGCAGACGGCGGUUCUGUGCCACGCGGCGGUGGGAGGGUUUGUGUCGCACUGCGGGUGGAACUCGAUUUUGGAGAGCUUGUGGUU